AAGAUCACAUUUACUGCAUAUUCAAGCAUAGAAACGUGCUUUUAACCCACAUUUUUCACUAGCGACAGUUAGCCGGCGUAGCAGAAAAGAGUAUUAUCCAAUAUGGAGGACGAAGACACAACCCUGGCUUUGAUCAAGCACUACUGCUACGAAAAGCAUUAUAACCACGCUGUCAACGCUGCUGGAGCUGCUCAGAAAACAUACAGCGGUGAUCCCAUCUACAGCUUUUUCCACGCAUACGGUAACCUCAUGCAAGAUCAAAUUCAAGAAGCCAUGAUGGAGUUGGAUACCAUCAGAGAUCAUAGAGAUCUUUCUCUCUGCGCUUUAAUGGCUCUGGUUUAUGCAGAGAAAAAAAAGACAAACCCAGACAGAGAACUUAUCCAGGGGCUUGACGCCAAGGUCAAGGAGGAUCGGAAAAGUGCGCCACCAAAGAGUUUGUACUAUGCUGGCACAUUUCUCUGGCUAAUCGGUCGAAACGAUAAGGCCAGAGAGUACAUCGACAGAAUGAUCAAACUCUCUAAUGGCUCUCGAGAGGGGAUCGUCCUAAAAGCCUGGAUAGAUGUGACAUCUGGGAAAGACGCCUAUGCCAGAAAGGCCGGAAAAUACUUUGAUGAGGGGCUGAAGGAACGCUCGGAUGUAUUCGCCCUGAUGGGAAAGGCACAAUACUAUGAAUACCGUCAGAACUACUCUGGAGCGUUAGAGAUGGUUAAUCAAGUCAUAGUGAGUUUCCCCACUUUUUUGCCGGCGCUCAUCAAGAAAAUGAAACUGUUGCUGAGCCUCCAGGACUGGGAGCAAACCAUCGACGCAGCACACAGGCUUUUACAGAAAGAUAAAAAUAACCUUGAGGCACUCCAGAUGCUGGCCAUACACUCUUUAUGCAGAGAGGGGGAUAUCUCUGAGUCUGUGAAGCAGCUUUCCAACCUCGUCAGCAGCCUGGAGAUUCAAGAGCCACACAGCCCAGAUCUUCUCUACAGGAUGUCUUUGGCCUUCACCCGUGUUUGCGGACGAAGUGAGAAGGUGCUGGAGCAGACGUUCAGGAUGGUGGACCGAGCGUUUUCCUUGGCGUCCGGGGACUCGGACUUCGCCACGGAGCUGGGCUACCAGAUGGUGCUUCAGGGGAGGAUCAAGGAAGCCAUGAAGUGGUACAAGACCGCCAUCUCCAACAAAGAGAAGACAAGUGUUUCUGCUUUAACCGGAAUAAUUCGCUGCCAGCUGAUCGAGGGACAUCUUGAAGAUGCAGAACAGCAGUUGGAGUUUCUCACAGAGAUUCAGCAGUCCAUCGGAAAAUCGGGGGAACUGCUGUACCUGCGCGCUGUGCUGGCUCUGAAAAAGCACCGGUCUCAGGAAGAAGUGACGAACCUGCUGAACGACGCCGUGGACACUCAUUUCUCGUCGCUGCACGGCCUUCCCCUCGGAGUGGAGUACCUGGAGAAGCUGAACCCCGACUUCCUCCUGGAGAUUGUCAAAGAGUAUCUCGCCUUGUGUCCUGCCAAGCCUCCGGCUCAGGGUCAGCCUCCAGCUCCUCAGCUCCAGCACUGUGCCACGCUGUUGGACACCGUGGUUAAGAUCGUUCCAGGUCUUCUGCAGGCGGUUUUCCUCCUGGCCAAAGUCAGAUAUCAGUCUGGUGACAUUGACGCCGCCCAGAGCAGUCUAAACCACUGCCUGGAGCAGUGUCCUUCUCAUGCAGACGCUCAUCUGCUCAUGGCACAGAUCCACCUGCUGCAGGGAAACGUGACCUUGUGCUCACAGUCUCUUGAACUCUGCCUCAGCCAUAACUUCACGAUUCGGGACCAUCCGCUGUACCACCUGAUCAAUGCUCAGGCUAAAAAGAAGUCGGGCGAGCUCGCCGAGGCGAUACAGACUUUACAGAUGGCUAUGAGUCUCCCAGGCGUUCGCAGAGCCGGAUCCUCAUCCAAGUCCAAGAACAAGAGGCCUGACCUCAGCUCUGCCGACUGCGUGUCCGUCUUCCUCGAGUUAGCCGAGGCUCUGUGGCUCAAUGGAGAACAGCACGAAGCAGCGAAAGUGAUGCAGGACGCCAUAAACGAGUUCUCGGGGACACCCGAGGAGCUGCGCGUCACCAUCGCUAACGCUGAUCUGGCUCUGCUGCGUGGCGACACCGACCUGGCGCUGAGCAUGCUCAGAAACAUCACGCCCGAGCAGCCCUACUACAUCCAGGCCAAGGAGAAAAUGGCCGACAUAUACCUGAACCACAGGAAGGAGAAGCGGCUGUAUGCCAGCUGCUACAGAGAAAUGGCGGAGAAGCUGCCCAGCCCUCACACAUAUCUGCUGCUCGGUGAUGCCUACAUGAAAAUCCAAGAACCUGAGAAAGCCAUCGAGGUGUAUGAGCAAGCCCUGAAGAAAAACCCCAGAGACGGUGCUCUGGCCAGCAAGAUCGGAAAAGCCCUGGUCAAGACUCACAACUACACCAGGGCGAUCAAUUACUACGAAGCUGCCCUGAAGACGGAGCAGCAGAACUUCCUGCGCUACGACCUGGCCGAGCUGCUGAUGAAGAUGAAGCAGUACGAGCGCUGCGAGAGGGUUGUGCUUGACGCCCUCGCCCAUGAGCCAGUGAAUGAGCUUCCUGCUCUCUCUGAUGACUGCCGCUACCUCGUUCUUUUGGCAAAGAUCCAAAAUAAAGUGGGCAAAAAUGAGGCUGCAUCACUUUCCCUGCAAAGAGCCCGAGACGUGCAGGCGAAGGUGCUGAAGCGGGUGCAGUUGGAGCAGCCCGACGCCGUCCCCAUACAGAAGCAACUCGCCGCCGAGAUCUGCGCCGAGAUCGCCAAACACUACACGAGUCAGAGGGGCUACGAGAGAGCAGUCAAAUUCUACAAAGAAGCUCUUGUGUAUUGUGAGACAGAUCGCAAGGUGAUGCUGGAGUUGGCGCGACUGUAUCUCACACUCGACGAGGUGGAGGCGUGCCAAGAGCAAUGCAGCGUCAUUUUAAAGAACGACCAGUUCAACGAGGACGCCACGCUGAUGAUGGCAGACAUCAUGUUCAGGAAGCAGGACUACGAGCAGGCAGUUUUCCACUUUGAGCAGCUCUUGGAGCGCAAACCAGACAACUACCCAACUCUGUCACGUCUUAUCGACUUGCUGAGAAGAGCUGGGAAGUUGGAGGAAAUCCCCAGAUUUCUUGAUAUGGCAGAAAAAUUUUCUUCCAGGAGCAAACUGGACCCUGGAUUUCACUACUGUAAAGGACUUUACCUGUGGUACACAGGAGACCCAAAUGAAGCUCUUCAACACUUCAAUAAGGCGCGGAAAGACAAUGACUGGGGUCAAAACGCUGUGUACAACAUGAUCGAAAUCUCCCUAAACCCAGACAAUGACAUAAUGGGAGGAGAAGUAUUCGAGAGUUUAGACGGGGAAGUUGGGAGCUCCUCGAAGAGGCAGGAGUCCGAGCAGCGCGCCGUGGGAACGGCCGAGAACCUGCUGAGGGAGUUAAAGCCUCAGACGCCGGGCGGACACAUCCAGCUCCGCAUCCUGGAGAACUACUGCCUGCUGGCGACCAAGCAGAAGGCCAACGUGGAGAAAGCCCUGGCUGUUUUCACAGAGAUCGCAAACAAUGAGAAAGACCACGUGCCGGCGCUGCUGGCCAUGGCCACGGCCUACAUGAUGCUGAAGCUGGCCCCUCAGGCCAGGAACCAGCUCAAACGCAUAGCGAAGAUGAACUGGAGCAUCGUUGACGCCGAUGAGUUUGAGAAGAGCUGGCUGCUCCUGGCAGACAUCUACAUCCACUCAGGGAAGUACGACAUGGCUGGAGACCUGCUGCAGAGAUGCCUCAACCACAACAAGUCUUGCUGUAAAGCCUAUGAAUAUCGGGGCUACAUCAUGGAAAAAGAGCAGGCUUUCCGCGAUGCUGCGCUCAACUAUGAGAUGGCCUGGAAAUAUGGAAAUCGCACAAACCCGACCAUUGGAUACAAGCUUGCCUUCAACUACCUUAAAGCAAAGAGGCACGUCGAUGCCAUAGAUGUGUGUCAUAAGGUUCUGGCUGCUCGCCCAGAUUAUCCACGGAUGAGAAAAGACAUCCUGGACAAAGCUCGCGCUGCCCUGAGAUCUUAGUUGUGUGUGUGUGUGAGUGUGUGUGUGUGUGUGUGUGUGUGUGUGUGUGUGUGUGUGUG